AUGAUCCAGAAAAUCAAGGAAUCAUUCCAGUUUGCCUUUGACGCAGCAAAAGUGUACUCGGACACAUUUGAGCGUUUUCGUAUGUUCUAUAAAGAGUACGAGAGUCUGAAUCGGGAUGAAAUCCUGCAAAAGAAUCACGCACUGAAGUUACAGCGCAGUGUGCAUAAGGAUGCCACAGCCAUUCAACAGAAAAGGCACCUCGGCUUGCUGCUUGUGGACAAAACACAGCUCAAAGAGAGGCUUGUGUAUUCCCAACCCCGCCAAAUACAGGUCAUGAACGAGAUAGUUCCCAUGCAGGCUAGGAAGAAGCUAGAUGCUCUCCUGGCUGAGAUUUGUGACGCCCAGUAUAAACUUGUGUCCCGUGCCUCCACCAUAGCUGAGUUAGCCAACUCCGUCACAUUCCUGGAUGAGAUUCAGAAGAGGGUUACUGGGCUUAAAGCAGAGCAGGAGACAAUAUCUCAGAUGUACAGUCUGACUAAAAUGUACUCUAUUCCACUGUCAUGUAAUGAUAUGGUGGGUUUUGCCUCAGUGCACGUCGACAUUGACUCCUUGCUCAGCAGCAUUAUUGAGGCAGAAUUUAAGAGGGACUCCACCAUGGAGAAGCUCGGCAGCUCGCUGCAGAAAGAAAUUAAUGAGCUUAACCAUGACCUCCAGACUAUCAAGCUAAAAUCACAGGACCUCCUUGACAUCAAUGCAGAUUCCUCCAAAGUCCGGCUGCUGCUUGGGGAGGUCAAAAUUUCCAUAGAUGAACUGCAGGCCCGGGCACACGCCUACACCUCCUACCAAAAGCAAUUCAAGAUGGAGGUCACCAAAUUUGAUGCCCUGGAUGAGGAAAUUGCUGAGUUUCGACUGAAACAACUGCUGUGGGACUGUCUAGAGAAAUGGGACUCUUUAUCAGAUGAAUGGACGGAGAGCACUCUUGAUGUGCUUGAUCUUGAGCAGUUCAGCUCACAGGUCACAACAUAUAGCAAAUACGUCAACCAGCUGGAAAAAGGCCUGCCACUCAACAACGUUGUGCCAAUUCUUAAGGAGAAGGUCGAAGUCACAAAAGAGAGGCUACAUGUGAUCACUGCUCUACUUAACCCAAAUAUGAAGCCAGAACACUGGAAGACACUGGAGUCUGUAAUGGGGAUCCCCCUAAAUAAAGAGGAGCUUUCCAUGGUUGCUUUGGAGGAGCUCAACAUCUUCUCUUAUGGCAUGGAGAUACAGGAGGUAGUAACACAUGCUUAAAGCCUACAUAAUUACCUUCUCUUUCUAUA